CUCAGAUUGUCCACGUUGUGACUCAUCCAGACAGCUGCAACAUACCGGUGGAAAGGAAAUAAUGGGGGAGCAACGUUUGGCACGGUCCUCCUUUUUAUGGGGGCUGAGUGGAAUCUACCUGGUUGCGUUCGUAUCUCUCUAUGCACAGAUUCCAGGUCUGUAUGGACGUGAAGGCAUCCUUCCUGCAUGGAAGAUGAUGCGGUUUACUGGUAAAGGGUUUUGGGAGCAGUUGAAAGAUUCUCCCUCAUUGCUCUGGUUUGGCCCUCGCCUAGGACUGGAUACAGAGAUGACCAUGGAACUGAUCUGCUUGCUUGGGGCCCUUCUGUCUCUGGGAGCACUGCUUUUUAGUUUCUUACGGGACAGUCUGGUCUUUCUGCUGCUCUGGAUAUUCUACCUCUCCUUGUAUCAGGUUGGACAAGUCUUUCUUUACUUCCAGUGGGACAGCCUGCUCCUAGAGACUGGUUUCCUGGCAGUACUGGUGGCACCUCUGCAUGCGCUGCGCUGGAAGACAUCAGUAUGGAGCUCUCAUGAUGGUGUCACUUUCUGGCUCACCCGCUGGCUCCUUUUCAGGCUCAUGUUUGCUUCAGGAAUUGUGAAACUAACUAGCCGUUGUCCUACGUGGUGGGGACUCACAGCUCUCACAUACCAUUAUGAAACUCAAUGCAUUCCAAAUCCAGCUGCGUGGUUUGCUCAUCAGCUUCCUGUUUGGUUCCAGAAGUUUUCAGUAGUAGCUACAUAUUUCAUAGAAAUUGGUGUUCCAUUGCUGUUUUUCUUGCCUUUUCGCAGACUUCGCCUCUUCUCAUUUUACUCUCAGGUUGUUCUUCAGAUCCUUAUUAUAAUGACAGGAAAUUACAAUUUCUUUAACCUACUGACUGUGGUCCUCUGCUGUUCUCUCCUUGAUGAUCAGCACAUUACAUUCUUUCAACGACAUAAAAAACCACAGCAUAAAGGAGGCAGAGUAACCUCGGCUUUCUCCCUUUACUCUCUUAUCUCGCUUUUGGAUGUACCUAUAUUUGGGUUGCUUGUUUUCUGGACAGUCAAAUAUUUUGAUCUUCAGAUCAACUGGGAAAAGCAUUCUGUGGAAUCCAGAACAGCAUUUACAUACCAUGACUUCCAGCAGUGGCUUCGUACAAUCACAUUUCCCACUAUUUGGAUAGCUGCAGCAUCACUGGGAUGGGAAAUUCUUAAAGGCAUGUAUAGAAGUGCCUCAGUGAGAGGUAUCUUCUGGAAGCUAUGGUCUACCUUGCAGUGGGUGAUUUUCUCCUGUGCUGCAGUUGCCAUGUUUACAAUCAGCCUGGUACCCUACACAUACAUAGAUUUUGAGUCGAAUGGUCAUCUAUGGCCAGAGGUACACCGGAUGUUUAAUGCAGUGGAUCGCUACCAGUUGGUGAAUUCUUAUGGUCUUUUCCGAAGAAUGACUGGAGUUGGAGGGCGUCCAGAGGUGAUUGUUGAAGGAAGUUAUGACAGAGAAACCUGGACGGAGAUUGAGUUUAUGUAUAAGCCUGGAAAUAUCAGCACAACCCCCUCAGUGAUCAUUCCUCACCAGCCACGUCUUGACUGGCAAAUGUGGUUUGCUGCCCUUGCACACAAUUCCCAUAGUCCAUGGUUUGCCAGCUUUGUUUACAGGCUCUUGCAAGGCAAUAAGGAUGUGAUACACCUGGUGCAAAAUGAUGAGUCUCUCUAUCCCUUCCAUGCAUACCCCCCAACAUACAUUAGAGCCCAGCUUUAUAAAUACUGGUUCACAGAGGUUGAUCAGUCAGGGCAAAUGCCUAAGAGCUGGUGGCGCCGGCGUCAUGUUGAGGAAUUUUUUCCUGCUGUGUUUCUAGGUGACCCUUUUCUGGACAAUCUAUUAACUCAGCAUGGGCUCAAGGACAAGCCCCCAGCUCGUCGUUCACUGGAUGCUCCAAUUCCAUCUGCCUUGAGGCUGAUCCGUGCUUUUCUGCAUCCUUUACCUGCUCCUCUGCUGUUGCACAGUUUUAUUUUUGGGAUAUUCACUAUUUACUUUCUACAGGCUAUGUUUGGUGGCGUCUCAAAGCCAGGCGUUGCCAAACAAAGGCACAGCAAGCCACCGAAUGAGAAGAAAAAGCAGAAGUCAAACAGUGGCCAAGGAGAAUCUGCAGCUGCAAAAUCUUCAGGACAUGGGGCAGACACAGUGCGCAGAAAUAAGAAAAAUGAAAAGAGUUAAUGUUCUGAAAAUAGAAUUAAAACCCUUUCCUCUGUCCAAAAAUAAUGGGGAUAAGAAGCAGGUUAAAUUAAAUUAUGUUUUAAAUAUGUUACAAUUUCCAUCUGCUAGAUGUUUUAAUAAUUCAUGCUGUUAAAUGUAUAUCCCUCCCUCACAGCACAAGUAGAAUCAAAUGCUGCCCUUGAAUUUUGUGUCUUCACUUUGAAAGAGCAGGUCCCCUUUUGCAGUGAAGUAAUAAUUUAAGAAUUCAUCCCAGGGCCCUUGUGUACUAUAGCCCUAGGGCUAAAUGAAAAAAAAACAUUGCACAGUGCAUUAAUAAGAUGGAUAAGAAAAUAUUAAUAAAAUUGAAAUGAAAAUGCUCGUCCCCUAUUAUAGAAGGUCUUCUACAAGGGUUUUUUUUUUAUUACAUUUUUUAAAUCACUAAUUGUCCUGUGUCUUGCUUUUCUCAUAGUUUCUUUAUAUCAGACUAUCCAAAUGUGCCUUGUUAGCGGGUCGAAGGUGUAUUUUUCAUAACUUGACCCACAGUUGCCUUAUAGCUCAUUUGUGGCUAUGCCAGUUUUUCACUGGCUGAUAACUCGUCCAUCUCUGAAAAAUAAAAUAACUGUUACACGUCCCUGCAAUGUUUGUUUACGCAUCAGCCUGUGUUUAUAUACCAGUUUAUGCACACCUAAAUGUGAUGAUUUUGUAAUAAAUAUUUGUUUGCA